AUGGACAAUGAUCAACUCAUUCAACAAUGGGAGCUCGAAGUCAAAGAAAUUAACGACACUUUUACGUGUCAUCCCAGUCAACAGAGGUGGACUACUGACGAGAGGUGGGAGCGCCUAGAGAUGCUGGGUAGAGGAGGCUAUGGUGAAGUCUGGCUUCAGAAAUGCACCACAGGUCCUCGGGUAGGAGAUCUUCGAGCUGUGAAAGAAUUAUCCAAAAUGUCGCGCCAAUCUUCAGAGCAUACAAGCAACAAGUUCUGCUACCAGGAGCUCUCGGCUCUCAUCAAGUUUUCGCACCAACAGUCACUGUUCAUUACCAUGCAGUACUUUCCUCUUGGCGAUCUGCAGUCCCAUAUCACCCGACCACUCCCUGAUGGCGAAGCAUCCACUAUCACUCGGCAACUUCUUCGAGGCCUCUCUUUCAUGCACGAAAACAAGUUUGCUCAUCGAGACUUGAAACCCGCAAACAUUCUUGUUCAAGAAAAGGGCCCCAGCUGGUGGGUUAAGCUCUCCGACUUUGGAUGCAGCAAGGAAGCCACAACUCUUCGAACUACUGUCGGUACACCACCGUAUUGGGCACCCGAACUAUGCCAUAUCUUCACUCACGCCGACGAAGAGUCCAGUGAUUGCAUAGUAGAUCGGGCUUAUUCAUUUGAAGUCGAUAUCUGGGCCGUUGGUGUCAUCGCGUUUCGUUUGACAACGGGAGCUCUACCAUUCGGAGACAAUCCAUACUCCAAGCUAUAUCGUUAUGUUCGGCAAAGCGCACCUUUUCCCACCAGUUCUUUGUUAACUAACGAGUCCAAGUCAUUCAGCGAGUGGCUUAUGAGUCGUUCUCCGGGUGAUCGUCCCACGACGGCCCAGGCGUUG